AUGGUUGAACCCGCUUUGGGAAGGGUGUGUUCUUUCCAUCCACUUCCGCCUCCCGCGAAACUUACAGAACAAGUGCUUCCGGGAAUUGGUCUGUGCAAUGGAAUCGUGUGGCACCUUCGCUAUCGUACCAGACUCUAUUGCACCGAUGGUUUGAAUAAUAGAAUCCUCUCGUUCGUUUAUAAGGUGGCAGAAAGAAGGGUUACUGGGAACAAUGGUAUCGUUUUUGACCUGGAUAAAUGGAUUGGAAACCAGCUACGUCCUCUCUACUACGGUCAUGCCAUGCUGGGUCGUAUGACAAUUGACACCAAAGGUCGGCUCUGGGUGCCUCUGCAUGGCGGUUCACAUGUGCUUCUAAUUAUUCCAGGUGCUAUAAUAUCAGUGCAGAAAGCUAUUCGCAUACCUGCAGUCAAAGUUAGUGCAUGUGUUUUCGGAGGUACUGACAAGAAUAUAUUAUACGUAUCAACACUGCCAUGUGGUGCUGAUGAAAUGUGUCCAGGCGGCGAUCAGGGUGGUAGGAUUUUCGCCGUCAACCUUUGGGACGUGUCGGGACGUGACGCAAAGCCAUUUGUGAUGCCCCCGAGAACUCCAUGA